AUGGCUUCUUCGAUGCUCAACGGAGCCAUUACCUGCCCCAAGGGAUUAGCCUUUCCCGGUUCCAGAUCGCUUCCUCUUCGUCCAAGCUUAGUCUCCGUGACCCGGCCCAGGAUCUCUGUGGCUACCAGAUGCAGCGUGUCCGCGUCUCGUCCAUCGGCGCAACCUAGGUUCAUACAACACAAGAAGGAGGCUUACUGGUUCUACAGGUUCUUGUCCAUCGUCUACGACCAUAUCAUCAACCCCGGCCACUGGACGGAGGAUAUGAGGGACGACGCUCUUGAGCCGGCGGAUCUCAGCCAUCCCGACAUGCGUGUGGUCGAUGUCGGCGGCGGAACUGGUUUCACUACUCUGGGCAUCGUCAAGACCGUGAAUGCUAAGAACGUGACGAUCCUGGACCAGUCGCCACAUCAGCUGGCCAAGGCAAAGCAGAAGGAGCCCUUGAAGGAAUGCAAGAUCGUCGAAGGAGAUGCUGAGGAUCUUCCUUUUCCUACUGAUUAUGCCGACAGAUACGUCUCUGCUGGAAGCAUUGAGUACUGGCCGGACCCGCAGAGGGGGAUAAGGGAAGCCUACAGAGUUCUCAAGAUCGGUGGGAAAGCUUGUCUCAUUGGCCCUGUCUACCCAACCUUCUGGCUCUCUCGCUUCUUUGCUGAUGUGUGGAUGCUCUUCCCCAAGGAGGAAGAGUACAUUGAUUGGUUCAAGAAAGCUGGUUUCAAGGACGUCCAGCUUAAGAGGAUUGGCCCCAAGUGGUACCGUGGUGUUCGCAGGCACGGCCUAAUCAUGGGAUGUUCUGUCACCGGUGUCAAACCUGCCUCUGGUGACUCUCCUCUCCAGCUUGGUCCCAAGGAAGAAGAUGUAGAAAAGCCUGUAAACAAUCCUCUCUCUUUCUUGGGAAGGUUCCUCCUGGGAACCUUAGCGGCUGCCUGGUUUGUGUUCAUCCCGAUCUACAUGUGGAUCAAGGAUCAGAUCGUUCCCAAAGGCCAACCCAUUUGA